GGUGCGGACGGGACGUGACUGAAGUAGAACCGUGCGGGCGGUGCUGACGUGAGGUGCCUAACCUCAACCGGACGAUUUACUCCCUCCAUUGCAACUUCUAAACUUCCAAGAAAGAAAUCCUGAGUUCACGAGAAACGAGGAGUUGCAUUCAAGUCCCCCGCGGAAAAAACCCCCCUGUUUGACGCUUUUGCUUUUGGUCCGCAGGCUGCAUGGUAACCUGGACUUGAUGCAUGGCCUUUGCAUGACCGCAGGAGGUCUUGUGGGACUGCAGCCAUGGCUCAAACCAUGCAAGUGAAUGGCAACGCCCCAGAAAGAGGACAACGAUGCACGGAGGACGAGAAGGCGCCCUACUACGUUGAGACCCCCUACGGUUAUCAGCUUGACCUGGACUUCCUCAAGUAUGUGGACGACAUCGAGCGCGGCAACGCCGUCAAGAAGCUGAGCAUCCAGAGGAAGCCCAAAGGGGCCAAGCCCUCGUUGUUGGCGGCGGCGCCACGGGGCGUCACUGGCGGUGUCGGCGGCGUUCGGGCUGAAUGGACCUCCACGGACUCUCUGUCCUCCUCCAACAGCGACGACAAGCAGUCCCCGGUGUUCUUCGGCGCCCGGGCCCAGCUCGCCCCCGGUGAAGCCCGCCAGCCGCUCCUGCCGCCGCCGCCAUCGCCGCGGUUCGCCCCCCGCCGCAACCCCCAGGUGGAGAAGACCCUCAUGGAGACGCGCCUCCGCCUCGAGCAGGAGCGCCUGCUGCUCGCGCAGCCGCACGGCGAGCCGCCGCCGCCCCGCCGCCGCUUCGCCAGCUUUGGCGGCGGCUCCAGCAGCUCGCUGUCCUCCUAUUCGGGCUCCCACCACCCGCUCCCCGCCAACGGCCACCUCCCCAACGGCGAGUACAACCCUUACUACCCGCCGUCCGUGGGCAGUUCCAUCCGGCACAGCCCCCUGAGCUCCGGCAUGGCCACGCCCGUCACCAACGUCAGCCCGCUGCACCUGCAGCAGAUCCGCGAGCAGAUGGUGGUGGCGCUCAAGAAGCUGAAGGAGCUGGAGGAGCAGGUGAAGACCAUCCCCAUCCUGCAGGUGAAGAUCGCCGUGCUCCAGGAGGAGAAACGGCAGUUGGCCGCGCAGUCCAAAAAUCUGAUUCCCGGCGGCGGCUUCCGCAAGCGCUCCUUCAGCGUGGGCAGCGCCGACCAGAUGGAGAACCCGGGGAACCCCGUCCAGAAGGAGACGGAGCUGCACAUCAUGGAGCCCGACGCCCAGGAGCAGAGCGCUCAGCGGCUGGAGGAGUUCAGGCGUCUGGCCGCCGGCGUCCAAGCUCUGGAGACGACGAUGGCAGCGGCUGAAACUCGGCCUCGGGAGCUCGCGCAGAACCGGCCCCACCAGAGGUCCGUCGGCGUGGUCACAGAAGAGAACAUGAGCAGCCUCCUCCCCGUCAAGCGGACGCCGACACUCCGGGACGCCGGAGUGUCGACGGAGCGGCGGGAGACGCGCAGCGCGGCGGUGGGCGUGACCGAGGCCAUGCUGGGCGUGACCGGCGAGGCGGAGCGGGAGAUCGAGCUGCAGCAGCAGACCAUCGAGGCACUGAAGGAGACGAUCUACCGCCUGGAGGUGCAGAUGAAGGAGGCCACGCACCAGAUCGAAAUGGGCAAGCUGAAGCUGGAGCUGCAGGCGGCCGGCGGCUCGACCAGGAAGAAGGUGGAUAAAGGCUCCACGGCGAGGCCCGAGGUGUACAGCGUGGGCGUCGCCGCCAAAGUCCAGACGCGCAGCCUGGGAGUCGGCGAGCGUCCGGACUGCGGCCGCGCCGCCGCGCCGGAAACUCUUAGCGUCGGUGCGGGCCCCGAGGUCCCGAUGGACCGGUGGGUGGUGCGCGAGCGCGUGGACGUGCACGACCGGUGCGUCGGCAGGUGGGUGGAGACGCGCGACCAGCCGGCGGCCACGGAGCGGAGCGCGCUGCGCGAGGUCGCCGUCAACACGGAGGAGUCGGUGCCCAGCCGGGCGCUCUGCCGGCCGAUGGCGGAGCUGAGCAAGGAGUCGCGGUCGGUCGGCUGCGGAGACGGUCCGGUGGAGGAGGUCGUCAAGGCGACGCUGUCGCGGGGCACCGGUCCGGAUUACGUCGGCAGGGCGGACGCCGGCGUCACGGCCGCGCCCGAGUCGGCCACGACGGAGACCAACACGGAGACGCCGGUACUGACCGACUCGUUCACCGACACCGAGGUGACCACGUGCGAGAGACACACCAACACGGCCGCGACGGAGACGAGGACAGUGGCCGCCGGCGACGGGCUCGUCAAGGACGUUCACGCCACAGUGAACACGCGCUCCGUCGCCGUCGGCACCGCCACGGACGCCGAGUCCUUCGGGGGGAAAUCGAGCUGCGCGAGAACCAAAGAGUGCGGCGUGGGGCCGGCGAGCGUCCAGGAGAACUUCCUGGUGGGAUUAAAAACCAGGAACAUGGCGUGCGGGCCCUCCCAGCCGGAGGAAUGUGGCGCCGUGGAGAUCGCGGCGCCGCUGCAGGCUCAAGCACAGGCCGGCGGCGCCAGCGGCACCGGACUGGACCACUAUAUCGAGCGGGUCCAGCAGCUGCUGCAGGAGCAGCAGAUGCUGCUGGCGGAGAACUACAGCGAGCUGGCCGAAGCCUUCGGCCAGCCGCAGUCCCAGUUCGGCUCCAUCAACAGCCAGCUGGUCAGCACGCUGUCCUCCAUCAACUCCGUCAUGAAGCACGGCAGCGCCGAGGACGUCCGGAUGCCGGACGGCGUGAACGAGCGCGAAGAUAACGGUCGACAGCUCGGUGCGGAGCAGUCGCCCCCGGAGAAGCCUCCAUGCGGCCCGACGGCUGCAGAGGAAGCCGCCGCCGCCACACCUACACAGCUCAGCGCCGCGGUGCAGAAAAGCCGCAUGGACCUGCAGAUGUCGACGGCGCUGCACGGGCAGCUGAGCAGCCUAAAGUCCAUCAUGAAGAAGAAAGAUGGACCACCCGACUCCAACAGCACCAAGAAGAACCUGCAGUUUGUCGGGGUGAACGGAGGGUAUGAGACGACGUCGAGCGACGACUCCAGCUCGGAGGACAGCAGCUCCUCGGGGUCGGACGACGACGAUGACGACGAUGAGGAGGAGAAGGAGUUCGGAGGAAACAAGGAGGAAUAUAAGAAUGUGGAGGCCGAGGAGGUGACGAGGAAGGAGGAAGAGAAGGAGGAAGGUUCAGAGAAGCAGGAGAUGCGAGAGAGGUGUGAGCUCAGCGAGAAGAUGCUGGCCGCCAGCAACGUCCUCAAAACUCACCUCAGCGACCCGAAAGCCGUGAGCGGGAAAGAUCUGAGAGCCGGGGUCAACACUGUGCAGCACGAGUGGUUCCGCGUGUCCAGCCAGAAGGCGGCGGAGGCGGCCAUGGUGGAAGACUACCUGGGCGCCCUCGGCGCUGUGUCGCCGGCCGUGCUGCGCCACGUGGUCAACAUGGCCGACGGCAACGGCAACACGGCACUGCACUACAGCGUGUCGCACUCCAACUUCCAGGUGGUGAAGGAGCUGCUGGAUGCAGACGUGUGCAACGUGAACCAGCAGAACAAGGCCGGCUACACGCCCAUCAUGCUGGCCGCGUUGGCCGCCGUGGAGUCGCCCAGGGACAUGCGCAUCGUGGAGGAGCUCUUCAGCAAAGGGGACGUCAACGCCCGGGCCAGCCAGGCGGGUCAGACGGGUCUGAUGCUGGCGGUGAGCCAUGGCCGUAUGGACAUGGUCCGGGCGCUGCUGGCUCACGGCGCCGACGUGAACGUCCAGGACGACGAGGGCUCCACGGCGCUGAUGUGCGCCAGCGAGCACGGCCACGCGGAGAUCGUGAAACUGCUGCUGGCGCGGCCCGGCUGCGACGCCACGCUGAGCGACGGCGACGAGAGCAACGCCCUGUCCAUCGCUCUGGAAGCUGGACACAAGGACAUCGCCGUGUUGCUUUACGCGCACGUCAACUUCUCCAAAGCCCAGUCAGCUGGGACGCCCCGACUCAGCAGAAAAACGUCACCCGGUUCCACCCGGAGGAGCAUGUUCGAUUAGAGGCCCCACCCUCUCACCCACAAACCCUGCGCUGCUAUUGGCUCACGCUGAACGAGGGACUUGAUCCCGCCCACCCACCAACCAAUGAGAUUCCCGGAAACGUAUAUAUGCAUCUGAUGAACCCAAAGUGCCCUUUUGAGUAUGAUGUAACCAGCUGGUGCCUCAGCAACCCAACGGCCACACAAUUAACUACUAAAUUACUUGUUUUCUUUAUUUGUAUUAUUCUUUUGAAAUCUGACAACUUAUUUUUGUCUUGCUAAAGCUCAAUGUUGAUCAUUCAAGAGCACCAAAACAACUUUUUAAAAUUUUUCUUUCUGUUAUUUUGUCAUUGCUUUGCCUCCCAGAUGGAGACUAAUCCACCCGCCUGUUAGAGGAAGUAAUUUCUGUGUGUGUAUAUAUCGCUGGCCUCGAAGUCCCGCCCUCUCUCGCGCGUCGACGUAUAAGAAGCUACAACUGGAGAAAUUGUACUUUUAUAUAAAUCCUUUUCAUCUAUUUAAAAGAGAAGAAUCGCAGUAUUUUGAAUAUUUUCCUAUCGCUACUUAACGACCCGUGAAGUUAUAUAUUUAUCAAAGUAGUUUUUAAUGCAGAUAUAUGUAUUUCAUUGUACAUACGGUGGUCAUUAGGUUAGUUUUCUAUCACACGUCUGUCACACGUCUGUCCUCCUGUGUUCUGACUUUCAGCCUCCGAUGAGAAUUGAAGUGCCUGAGCCUUCGCCAUAUUACAAUAAAACCGAUUAAAGAAUAUUGA